CUAAUAGUUUUUUUCCAAGCCUUCUUUUAGUUAAAUAUUUUUUAUAAUAAAAAGUAUAUUUUAAUGGUAUGGAGUCUUAUGAAAUGAUGUACUUGUGCAAAACUGGUGUCUAAUAAAGAUGGCUUCUACCUCGGAGUCGGACACACCGUCAGUUUCUAACUUGGAGGAAAAAAGAAGCCGCCUCUGUGACGAGUUUGCAGCCAUAGCGGGAACUGAAAGCGCCGUGGCUCAGUGCUACCUGGCUGAGAAUGACUGGGAGAUGGAGAGAGCCUUGAACUCAUUCUUUGAGGCAGACAUGGAGAGAGUGUUUGAUGUUGAGGAGCUUCCAGAGAAAGACACCACCCCCAAAGCUAAGAGGCAGAAGGUUGAAGAUGCCCCUGCUGCAAACUGCCAAACUGUCUGUGGAAACAUUUGCAGCAUAGAUUUGACUGCAGACAGUCCUGCUACCACACGGAAACCUUCAGAAGAAGAUGAUGGUAAACUGUCCAUGAUCACCUGGAACGUGGACGGACUUGAUACGGACAACAUUGCAGAGCGUGCCAGAGGCCUGUGUUCAUAUUUAGUCUUAUACACUCCUGACGUGGUGUUCCUGCAGGAGCUCAUUCCCCCGUAUGUCCAGUACUUGAAGAAACGGGCUGUCAGCUACCUGAUGAUUGAAGGUGGUGAGGAAGGUUACUUCACAGGGAUGUUGCUGAAAAAGUCACGAGUCAAAUUUGUGGAGCGUGAGAUAGUAGCUUAUCCCACCACUCAGAUGAUGAGGAACCUGCUUGUUGCUCAGGUGAUCGUCAACAGCCAGAAGCUGUGCCUGAUGACAUCCCACUUUGAGAGCUGUAAGGGAUAUGCUGCAGAGCGGAUGAAACAGCUGCAUGUGGUGAUGCAGAGGAUGUCAGAGGCACCUGAUGAUGUCACCGUUGUGUUUGGGGGAGACACAAACCUGAGGGAUGCGGAGGUGACCAAGGUGGGCCUGCCUGCAACUGUCUGUGAUGUGUGGGAGCGACUGGGCAAACAGGAGCACUGCCGCUACACAUGGGAUACUAAAGCCAACAACAACAAAACUGUUCCGUAUGUCAGUCGCUGCCGCUUUGACAGAAUCUACUUCCGCUCGGCUACCAAGGAUGGAGUCCCUCGUCUGGCCCCUGAUCACAUGGCCUUGGUGGGGCUGGAGAAGCUGGACUGUGGCCGCUACACUAGUGAUCACUGGGGAAUCUACUCCACCUUCACAGCUGAAUAGAACUACACAAAACAACCAAAAACAUGACAGUUAAGCAUUUUAUUUUAGAUCAGCCGCUCUUUAAAUGACAGUAAUGCUAUGCAGGAAGAUGUUCUUAUUGCCGGUAAACGAUUCACCUUAAUUUAAUCAGUUUUAUACUCUAAUGUGUGUCUGCUUAAGUGUUUUAUGGGGUUAAAAUGACAAAUUAAAAAAUGAAAAGUACCAAUAAA